AUGAAUUUGAUAUUCUCCUCUGCAAUAGCGACGUAUAGAUGUUUCAGCUCUAAGGCAGCAGCUGGGAAAAACAGACAUUUGGCUCAAAGGGCCAUGAGCAGCAAGAAGGAUUCUUCUAGCAAUGAAUCUUCAUCUUCUAAGCCGCCUAAUAAGAGGACUAGAGUAAAAUGGACUGUGCAACAGUCACAAGUUUUGGAUGCCAUUUCUGCUGGGAAGUCAGUUUUUGUUACUGGGUCAGCAGGAACUGGUAAAACCUUUCUGAUCCAGCAUAUCAUCCGGAAGCUCCGAAGAAUUCAUGGGCGAUCUCGGGUUUAUGUCACUGCUUCUACUGGUGUUUCAGCUUGCGCCCUGAACGGGUACACCCUUCAUUCUUUUGCUGGCAUUGGGCUGGGUGAGGCUACAGCUGAAGAAUUACUACACAAGGUUUGUUCCAAUCAGAGGGCGUGCCACAGAUGGAAAAUGGUCCAGGCUUUGAUUAUUGAUGAAAUUAGCUUGAUAAGUGGAGAAUUGUAUGAUAAACUUGAGUUCAUUGCGCGCAAGAUACGAAGUAGUAUAAAUGGAUCUGAUGAGGAGAUGGUUUGGGGUGGUAUUCAAGUAGUUGCGAGUGGAGAUUUCUUUCAAUUACCACCUAUCUUUAAUAAGAAGACACAGAAAUUUGCUUUUGAAGCUUCUAUAUGGAAUCUGAGCUUUGACACUCAGAUUGAUCUUACUACAGUUUUUAGGCAAUCAGAUCCUCAGCUUGUAAAACUUUUACAGGGAAUAAGGAAAGGGGAAUAUGAUUUCGAGGACUUAAAUCUAUUGAAAAAUCAUUGCUCAAAAUUGGAGCCUGAUCCUUUAGCUGUAAAGCUCUAUCCAAGGAAUGAUGAUGUAUAUAUAGUAAACAAAAAACACCUAGAUAGCUUACAUCAGGAUCUUAUUGGUUAUCGAGCUGUUGACAGUGGUGAGGACAGUUGGAAACAACAGCUAAAGCUGGGAAUAGCACCUGAUUUUCUUGAACUCUGUGUAGGCGCAAGGGUGAUGUUGACAAAGAACUUGGAUGCUCGGCACAAACUUGUGAAUGGUGCUGCUGGUACUGUUAUUGGUUUUGAAUCGGUUAAUGGUACUGAUAAAACAUUUGGCACUAACUGGUUACCUAUAGUGAAAUUUGACUUUCAACCAGAAAAACUUAUUAUUGGUCCAGAAACAUGGUCUAUAAUGGAUGGUGAGGAAGUUGUUGCCGUAAGAAAACAGAUUCCCCUCAUACUAGCAUGGGCUCUAAGCAUCCACAAAUGUCAAGGGAUGACUCUAGACUGCCUUUAUACAGAUCUCAACCGAGCUUUCGGCUAUGGGAUGGUUUAUGUGGCACUUUCACGUGUGAAAAGCUUGGAAGGUCUUCAUUUGUCAAGUUUCAAUCCUAAUAUGAUAAAGGUGCACCCGAAAGGCACCAACCCAACUGAAUUUAUACUAGCAUGGGCUCUAAGCAUCCACAAAUGUCAAGGGAUGACUCUAAACUGCCUUUAUACAGAUCUCAACCGAGCUUUUGGCUAUGGGAUGGUUUAUGUGGCACUUUCACGUGCGAAAAGGUUGGAAGGUCUUCAUUUGCCAAGUUUCAAUCCUAAUAUGAUAAAGGGCACCAACCCAACUGAAUUGGUGACUACAGGAUGA